UUCCAGUUCAGUGCUAGCUCCCCACAUCGGUGAUGUCGUGAUAUUCGUCUCGUUAUCAACCGAGAUCUGCGAGCUUGGUUUCACUGAUUGCGUUUAAUCCAAGGCAAGGCUCCUCAGGAAUGGAGCUACGGGAAGAAUACAAUAUACCGGUUUUGUCAUAUAGUGUACCGGUAGUUGUUUCGAUUUAGUUUGGGAUUAUGGGACAGCCUCACAUCAUGUCGUCCGACUCCCCCCCGAAUGAGCAAACCCCGCUCAUCACCAUCGUUCACGUUGCUCCUCUUCGAAGACGAUACCCUCACCAGCGACUUCGCCAGUUCUGCACCGGCCUGCUUUCUCUUGUCCUCAUACUCUUCGUGGUCGCUUUCUUCUUGCUAGCGUUCGUCUUCGAGGAUUGCAAGUCACCGAGGAGGUUGACGUUGAAUGGGAAGCAUCACCUACCAUGUAUCCCACAUCAUCCAUUCCGAGAAGGUAACGAUAUAUUCCGCGUCGAUGGCACCCAGAGUCUGCAAGACGGUCCUUCGACUUCGAGCAUCAGCCAGACUGUCCUGUUCGAUAUCCUGAGCGAAACGCCAGACGAGCAGAAGGUGCGAGAGUGGAGCCAAUAUUACACCGCUGGACCGCACUUGGCAGGGAAGAAUCUAUCACAAGCAGAGUGGACGAAGGAUCGCUGGGUAGAGUUCGGAAUACCACAAACCGAGAUCGUGUCAUACGAUAUCUACGUCAAUUACCCGCGCGACCAUCGUCUAGCGCUUCUCGAAAAAACCAAGUCCGGCAGCGAUGAGGCAGCCGAAUGGGGCGUCAAAUACGAGGCCAGUUUGGAAGAAGAUGUCCUAGACGAGGAUGGAACUAGUGGGCUGAAGGAUAGAAUCCCCACGUUCCAUGGAUAUAGCGCGAGCGGGAAUGUGACGGGACAAUACGUUUUCGCGAACUACGGCACGUACUCGGAUUUCGAGGAGCUGCAGAACGCAAACGUCAGCCUGGAAGGAAAAAUCGCAUUGAUCAAGUAUGGAGGAAUAUUCCGGGGGUUGACGGUGAAACGGGGCCAAGAAUUGGGCAUGAUCGGUGCUGUCCUAUACAGCGACCCUGGUGACGAUGGAGCGGUCACCGAGGAGAACGGCGAAGAGGCGUAUCCGAAUGGUCCGGCAAGAGAACCGAGCAGUGUUCAGCGGGGCAGCGUUCAAUUCCUCAGUAUAGCUCCCGGCGAUCCGACGACGCCUGGCUACCCUUCGAAGCCAGGAGUACCACGCCUCCCAGCGAAUGCUUCGACGCCCUCGAUUCCCUCCAUACCAAUAUCAUAUCAGGAUGCCCUCCCCCUCCUCAAAGCGCUCAACGGCCAUGGCCCGAACGCGACCUCGUUCUCCGAACGCUGGCAACGUGGAGGGCUUGGCUACAAAGGCGUGGAAUACAACGUCGGUCCCUCGCCGGCCCAUCUGCAGCUCAACCUCGUCAAUGAUCAAGAAUACGUUAUUACGCCGAUGUGGAACGUCAUCGGAAUCAUCAACGGCACGCUUCAAGACGAGGUGGUCAUCCUCGGGAACCACCGUGAUGCUUGGGUCGCUGGAGGUGCCGGCGAUCCAAACAGCGGCUCCGCUGCCAUGAUCGAGGUCGUACGAUCUUUUGGCAAAGCACUGGAGGCGGGCUGGAAGCCUCUCCGAACCAUAGUUCUGGCGAGCUGGGACGGCGAAGAAUAUGGUCUCCUCGGCAGCACCGAGUGGGUCGAGGAAUAUCUUCCUUGGCUCAACAGCAGUGCAGUGGCGUAUCUCAACGUGGAUGUUGGGUCCUCUGGUCCGCAUUUUAAGGCUGCUGCGGCGCCCCUGCUGAACCAAAUCUUGGUCGAGGUGAUAGAAUCGGUUCAAUCGCCAAACCAGACCGUCAAAGGGCAAACGGUUGCAGACGUUUGGAAUAAGAAGAUCGCUACAAUGGGCUCUGGAAGCGACUUCACAGCAUUUCAAGAUUUUGCUGGCAUCCCUUCGAUCGAUAUCGGGUUCAGUGCAGAACCCGGUUCGGCAAUAUAUCAUUACCACUCCAAUUACGAUAGCUUCGACUGGAUGGACCGCCUUGGAGACCCUGGCUGGCAUUAUCACGUCACAAUUGCGAAAGUCUGGGCACUCCUUGCCGCUCGUAUUGUUGAGAAGCCUGUGGUGGCCUUCAAUGCCAAAGACUAUGCCGAAGCACUGAUCGGCUACCUCGACGGUGUCAAAAACCAAGUGUCGAAUAGUACAGCACUUCAACUCGCCUUGUCGGAGGAAGGGUUUGAGGCCGAGCCGGCAACUCUCUUCCCUCGACUGACCGCAGCUUUGGAUGUGUUGCUCACGGCGUCCGAGAGUCUCGAUGCCAAAGCUGCAGUCCUAAAGGAGAAGCUCGGCCACGACAUCCCCUGGUGGAAAUGGUGGAAGAAGAUCAAGCUUUACCACGCUAUCCGGAAAGUGAACACAAAGUACAAGCUCCUGGAGCGAAAGUUUCUCUACCAGGAGGGAUUGGAUGGCCGCCCUUGGUACAAGCACACGGUGUUUGCGCCGGGCUUGUGGACGGGAUAUUCCGGCGCCACCUUCCCAGGACUUGUUGAAUCUAUCGAGCAGGGUGAUACUGAAAAUCUCAGGAAGUGGGAGGGAAUUUUGGCCGAUGUCGUCAAGAAGGCAAUCGGGUGGCUGGAGAAGUAGUCGGCGGUGAAGGCCAGCGGACGCAAUAUAUGGAAUAUGGUUGAUGAUGGAAUGUAGCAGGUAGGGAUGCUUAGAUUUCGUAACCGCAGUAAUAGGUCCCUCGGGGUGUCAUAAAUGCUUCCAGUGUCGAACUCCCAGACUCCUCCCUUUCGUGCAACUUUCCGUGCCUUCCGAAUGCCCAUAAGGUUAGCCAACCGUAUACCUUGUUUCGUAAGACUAGAUUCCAAAGACAUUAUAAUCAUGAACCGGUUUCCAAUGCGCUCCUCAGCCUCUGGAAUCCUACUUCACGGGAGCUUUCUAGCCCGCCUGUUUCUUGGCGAAGAUUCCAUA